CAACAGCAACAGCAGCAGCAGCCGCAGCAGCAGCAGCAGUAGUAGCAGCAGCAGUAGUAACUUUGCCGCGUCUUGUUGCGCGCUCGUUAAACAAAGAUGGCGGACAUGGACUCGAGGGUAGACCGGUCCGAUCCGGAGCUGCGUAUCUUGUCGGUCGACAGGAACAGCUUCAACGACCCGGCCACGCAGGCGGAAUGGACGCAGAAGAAGCUGGUGUGGGUGCCGCACGAGACGCAAGGCUUCGUCGCCGCCGGCAUCAAGGGCGAGCGCGGCGACGAGGUCGAGGUGGAGAUCGCGGAGACCGGCAAGCGCGUACUCGUCGCGAAGGACGACAUACAGAAGAUGAAUCCGCCCAAGUUCGACAAGGUCGAGGACAUGGCGGAGCUUACCUGUCUCAACGAGGCCUCUGUCCUGCAUAACCUCAAGGACCGAUACUACUCCGGACUGAUUUAUACAUACUCAGGCCUCUUUUGCGUCGUAGUAAACCCCUACAAGAGACUGCCAAUAUACACAGAGAAGAUUAUGGAAAGGUACAAAGGCAUCAAAAGACAUGAAGUACCGCCACACGUAUUUGCCAUCACCGAUACGGCUUAUCGUUCCAUGCUGCAAGAUCGCGAGGACCAGUCGAUUUUGUGCACCGGCGAGUCCGGCGCCGGCAAGACCGAAAACACGAAGAAAGUGAUUCAAUAUUUGGCCUAUGUGGCCGCGUCGAAACCCAAGUCCAACGCGACUCCGAGCCCGGCAUUAAUCAUAGUAAGUCAACGAAAGAAAUCGAGGUUUACAGGUGAACUUGAGCAACAACUCCUUCAGGCAAAUCCAAUUUUGGAAGCGUUUGGUAAUGCGAAGACGGUGAAAAAUGACAAUUCGUCUCGUUUCGGUAAAUUUAUAAGAAUAAAUUUUGACGCAUCCGGUUACAUAGCUGGUGCAAAUAUCGAGACGUAUCUUUUGGAAAAGUCCAGAGCCAUUCGGCAAGCGAAAGAUGAAAGGACUUUUCACAUAUUUUAUCAAUUGUUGGCGGGCGCCUCGAUGGAACAAAAGAAGGAAUUUAUACUGGAAGAUCCGAAGCACUAUCCCUUCCUGUCGAAUGGAGCUCUACCAGUUCCAGGUGUCGACGAUUCCGCCGAAUUUUUCUCCACGGUAAAAUCGAUGCACAUCAUGGGGAUGACCAAUGAGGACUUCUCCUCUAUCUUCCGUAUCGUUUCCGCCGUGAUGUUGUUUGGUUCGAUGCAAUUCCGUCAGGAACGAAAUUCUGAUCAGGCAACGUUACCCGAUAACACUGUGGCACAGAAAAUCUCGCACCUGCUGGGUCUAAGCGUGACCGAAAUGACGAAAGCCUUCCUAAAACCACGCAUCAAGGUCGGCCGUGAUUUCGUUACGAAAGCACAGACGAAGGAACAAGUAGAAUUUGCCGUGGAGGCGAUCUCAAAAGCCUGUUAUGAGAGAAUGUUCCGUUGGUUGGUAAACAGAAUCAAUAGAUCUUUAGACAGAACGAAGCGACAGGGCGCCAGUUUUAUCGGCAUCUUGGAUAUGGCCGGUUUCGAAAUAUUUGAGCUGAACUCCUUCGAACAGCUAUGUAUCAAUUAUACGAAUGAGAAGUUGCAACAAUUGUUCAAUCACACAAUGUUCAUUUUGGAACAGGAGGAAUAUCAGCGUGAGGGAAUCGAAUGGAAAUUUAUAGAUUUCGGGUUGGAUCUGCAACCAACGAUUGAUCUAAUCGACAAACCGAUGGGCAUUAUGGCACUCUUGGAUGAGGAAUGUUGGUUCCCUAAAGCUACGGAUAAAACAUUCGUGGAAAAAUUGGUUGGCGCUCACAGUGUCCACCCGAAGUUUAUGAAGACUGAUUUCCGCGGUGUGGCUGAUUUCGCAAUUAUCCACUAUGCCGGUAAGGUAGACUAUUCUGCUGCCAAAUGGUUAAUGAAGAACAUGGACCCGUUGAAUGAAAAUGUCGUCAGUCUUCUACAAGCGUCGCAAGAUCCGUUUGUAUGUCAUAUCUGGAAAGACGCCGAGAUCGUCGGUAUGGCGCAGCAAGCACUCACGGACACGCAAUUCGGCGCGAGAACGAGAAAGGGCAUGUUCAGAACGGUCUCACAGUUGUACAAGGAACAACUGGCCAAACUGAUGGUGACGUUGCGCAAUACGAAUCCGAACUUUGUUAGAUGUAUAAUACCAAAUCACGAGAAGAGAGCCGGUAAAAUUGAUGCCCCACUUGUGCUGGAUCAGUUGCGAUGCAACGGCGUAUUAGAGGGUAUUCGUAUCUGUCGACAAGGUUUUCCAAACAGAAUUCCGUUCCAAGAGUUCAGGCAACGCUACGAACUACUCACUCCGAAUGCUAUUCCCAAAGGAUUUAUGGACGGAAAAAAAGCUUGCGAAAAGAUGAUUCAAGCAUUGGAGUUAGAUCCGAAUCUUUAUCGUGUUGGACAAUCGAAGAUCUUUUUCCGUGCUGGAGUGUUAGCUCAUUUGGAGGAGGAGAGAGACUACAAGAUUACGGACAUAAUCGUCAAUUUCCAAGCCUUCUGUCGCGGUUUCUUGGCUAGGCGUAAUUAUCAAAAACGUCUGCAGCAGCUUAACGCGAUCCGCAUUAUCCAGAGAAACUGUGCGGCUUACUUAAAGUUGCGCAAUUGGCAAUGGUGGCGGUUGUACACCAAAGUGAAGCCUUUGCUGGAAGUUACCAAGCAAGAGGAAAAACUUACGCAGAAGGAGGAUGAAUUAAAGCAGGUUCGCGACAAGCUGGAGUUACAGCUGCACUCGGCUCAGGAAUACGAGCGCAAAUAUCAGCAGGCGAUUGAAGAGAAAACUAUGCUAGCUGAACAAUUGCAGGCAGAGGUCGAGCUCUGCGCUGAAGCUGAAGAGAUGAGAGCUAGAUUGGCCGCGAGGAAGCAAGAGCUCGAGGAAAUUUUGCAUGAUUUGGAAGCACGUAUCGAGGAAGAAGAAGAGAGAAGUGCAGCAUUGGCCCAAGAGAAGAAGAAAUUACAAUUGAACAUUAGUGAUCUGGAAGAGCAACUAGAGGAAGAGGAAGCUGCCAGACAAAAACUACAAUUAGAGAAGGUCCAAUGUGAUGCAAAAAUUAAGAAGUUAGAAGAAGAUCUCGCUCUUUCGGAAGAUACUAAUCAAAAAUUGUUGAAAGAGAAAAAGAUUCUUGAGGAACGUGCCAAUGAUCUUUCACAGACCUUGGCCGAGGAAGAGGAGAAGGCAAAACAUUUGUCGAAAUUAAAGGCUAAGCACGAAGCGACAAUCGCCGACCUUGAAGAGAGACUUCUCAAAGAUCAUCAGCAACGACAAGAAGUAGAUAGAUCUAAGAGAAAAGUCGAGACCGAAGUUUCGGAUUUGAAGGAGCAAUUGGCUGAGAGGAAAACGCAAGUUGAGGAAAUGCAGCUUCAACUCGGCAAACGCGAAGAAGAACUCAAUCAGGUCAUGGCAAAAAUGGAUGAAGAAGGUGCCGCUAAAGCUCAGGCUCAAAAAGCGCUUAGAGAAUUGGAAUCACAAUUAGCCGAGCUUCAAGAAGAUUUAGAAGCUGAAAAGGCGGCUAGAGGAAAAGCGGAGAAACAGAAGCGCGAUCUGAAUGAAGAACUUGAAGCAUUGAAGAACGAAUUGCUUGAUUCUCUGGACACUACCGCGGCUCAACAGGAGUUGAGAAGUAAACGAGAGCAAGAACUCGCGACGUUGAAAAAGAACCUUGAAGAGGAGACGUCAUUGCAUGAAGCCACGUUGGCCGAUAUGCGUCAUAAGCAUACACAAGAACUGACUGCUCUGAAUGAACAGAUGGACGCGUUGAAGAAAACGAAAGCAGUCUUAGAGAAGGCGAAAGGAGCCUUGGAGGCUGAGAAUGCUGAUCUAGCUACGGAACUAAGAUCGGUCAGCGCAAGCAGGCAGGAGUCUGAUCGUCGCCGUAAACAAGCGGAGCAACAGCUGGCGGAGAUAAACGCGAAACUGGCCGAGGUAGAACGAAAUAAACAAGAAUUGGCCGAGAAAGUAACGAAAUUGCAACAAGAAGCGGAAAGUGUGAUGCAGCAACUGGAAACUGCUGAAUUAAAAGCAUCCGCAGCAUUAAAAGCGUCAGCCACUUGUGAAUCUCAGUUUACCGAACUUCAACAACAAUUAGAAGAAGAAACUCGACAAAAGUUGGCCCUUAGUUCGAAGUUGCGUGCGCUAGAAAGUGAGAAAGAAAGUUUACACGAUCAGCUUGAGGAAGAAGAGGAAGCAAAACGUGCCUUGGACAAGCAAAUGCUGAGUCUGAAUGUACAAUUGGCCGAAGCCAAGAAACGUGCCGAUGAUGAAGCAGAGGCAGCUGCCGCUCUUGAGGAAGCCAGGAAGCGCUGCACAAAGGACAUUGAAGCUCUUCAACGACAAGUCGAAGAGUUACAGGCAGCCAAUGAUAAGCUGGACAAAUCGAAGAAAAAAAUCCAGGCGGAACUGGAGGACAGUAUCAUCGAAUUGGAGGCGCAGCGAGCGAAGGUACUCGAAUUAGAAAAGAAGCAGAAGAACUUUGACAAAGUGUUGGCCGAGGAGAAGGCAGUGUCCGAGCAGUACGCGGAGCAACGAGAUGCCGCGGAAAGGGAGGCGCGCGAGAAGGAGACAAGAGUGUUAUCGUUGACUCGCGAGUUGGACGAGCUUAAUGAGAAAGUUGAGGAACUUGAACGGGGCCGUAGAGGUCUACAAUCGGAAUUGGAUGAGUUGGUUAAUAAUCAAGGUACUGCUGAUAAGAAUGUCCACGAAUUGGAGAAAGCAAAACGUUCAUUGGAGUCGCAGCUGCAGGAGCAAAAGUCACAGGUAGAAGAGUUGGAGGAUGAGUUACAGUUCACCGAGGAUGCUAAACUGCGGUUGGAAGUAAACAUGCAAGCUUUGCGAGCUCAGUUCGAGCGUGAUCUUCAGACUAAGGAAGAACAAGCGGAAGAGAAACGUCGGGGAUUAGUCAAACAGCUCCGCGACCUUGAAGCAGAGCUUGAGGAUGAAAGGAAACAGCGUGCUGCGGCUAUCGCGGCCCGUAAAAAAAUGGAAGCGGAUUACAAGGAUAUCGAGCAGCAGUUGGAGAUGCAUAAUAAAGUGAAAGAAGAUGCACUCAAACAGCUGAAGAAACUCCAAGCUCAAAUCAAAGAUUGCACCAGAGAGACGGAGGAAGCCAGAGCUGCCAGGGACGAACUGGCGGCUGCUUCUAAAGAAACCGAGAGGAAAGUCAAGAGUUUAGAAGCUGAUUUGUUGCAAUUGACCGAGGACUUUGCCAGCAGCGAACGUGCCAGAAGAACCGCUGAGAAUGAAAGAGACGAACUGCAGGAAGAAGUCAAUAACAACGCCAACAAGGGCACCUUGAUGUUGGAUGAAAAACGUAGACUAGAAGCAAGAAUCGCUACUCUGGAGGAAGAACUAGAGGAAGAGCAGUCAAACGCCGAGAUUGUGAUGGAUCGCGCUAGAAAGGGUCAGAUUAUGAUCGAGCAAUUGACAACGGACUUGGCAACUGAGCGAUCUACCACACAAAAGUUGGAGUCACACAAGAUGCUUUUAGAGAGACAGAAUAAGGAACUCAAGGCCAAAUUGACUGAGCUGGAAACUGCGCAACGCGCCAAGACUAAGGCUACGAUACAACAACUGGAAUCGAAGAUCAACAAUCUUGACGAGCAACUCGAAACUGAAGCUAAGGAGAGAUUCGCUCAGCAGAAAAUCAAUCGCAAAUUGGAAAAGAAAUUGAAGGAAUUGAGUCUCCAGUUGGAGGACGAGAGACGAAAUUCCGAUCAGUAUAAAGAACAGGCGGAGAAAGUUAACGCUAGGAUGAAGGCGCUGAAGAGACAAUUGGACGAGGCGGAGGAAGAAAUCAGCAGGCACAAGACCAUGAAACGAAAAGCGCAACGGGAGAUGGACGACAUGAUAGAAUCUCACGAAGAGCUCACGCGAGAAUUGACGCAUCUAAAGAAUAAAUUAAGGCGCGGUGGACCUCCGAUAAGUCUGAGCUCUACGAGGCUGAAACGCGGUUCCGUACAGACCGGCGGCUCGGGCGACGAUUCGACGACGCAGGACGAGAGCAUCGAUGGCGAGGAGAAUGCCAAUUGAGUAUCGGGGUCAAUCCAAUGUGCUCUCGAACCUCUGUGAAUUAUGUAUAUACGUGCGUCGAGAGGGUGUUGGUUUUUUUGUUCGAUUCGGCGCGUCACGCGGACUAAUGUCUCAGCUAAUGUCUCGAGUAUCAUGUCUCGAGAUCAGCUCCAGCGAUUACAAUCAAAAGUCGUUUCUACGAUAUCCCAUGGUGUUUCUGGCCUUAAGAUUAUUGCGACGAGUUAACGAUCCGAGAGUGUUCGAUUGACCGAUGAGGUGCCGACGAUCCAAAAGAAAGAGCCAGGACAGGCGAAGCAUGCAGCGAAAAUGAAAACGAAAAUAAUCGAAUAGAGGACUUUUGAUACAUUUUAUAUAGAACGAACGCAAACGUUGACCGCAUUUUACAUAUAUGUAAGAAAACAAGAGUAUGGAAUGAAAAA